UGACAGGCACGCACCGGACGUGUCAUUGUUGUUGCUGCAGGUGGCGAAUAGGCAGAAAACUAAUGUCAGCUGACUAGAAAGAAAAAUGUUUGUGGUGAAAUGGCCCUCGGCGUCAGUGUAAGGACAGAAGCUUCAGGCGGGUCGUGUCCAACAGUCUGCAUCAGAGGAGCCGGACGUCUGCACUGACCUCGGAUAGAGCACGGACAUCUUUCCAGACUAUGGCUUCAAAACAGACGCAGUCUGUUUUUUCCUCUCUGGACAAGCACAAGUGAACGUUUCUGUUCAACACCUCCCGUCUUGGUGUUCAUUGUACUACCUCUACCCUCCCUGUUUUCUCUCAUCUCAACUGUGCUGUUUCGUGUCGGUGAAAAUGGACGCCGACGAGCCCGUGCAGCCCAGCCUCAACUCUUCCUAUGUUCCGACCGCUCUUGGGAACCACAACGUAUCUGAGGACGAGGAGGACGCGGACCACAGUCCCACUGCGUCCCUCUUGCCCAAACACUUGUCGGUGCCUCUGGCUGUGCGCUACAGUCCAGAGGACUCCUACUGUUUGGUGUACCUAAUCUUCUUUCUGAUGGGCAUUGGCUCCCUGCUGCCCUGGAACUUCUUCAUAACAGCCAAACACUACUGGCUCUACAAACUGAGUAACAACACUCAUUCCAACAGCAACGAGGAUCAACGUUCAUAUCUCAGUGAAUACUUUGAGAGUUAUCUGGUCAUCGCCUCCACGGUGCCCUCAGUGCUCUGUCUGAUACUCAACUACAUCCUGGUGAACAGGUUGUCUCCGAAUGUUCGGAUCCUGGCGUCUCUCUUUGUGAUCCUUUUGGUGUUCCUGUUGACCACGGUGCUGGUGAAAGUGGACGUGUCCGACUGCAGGGUGGAGUUCUUCAUCGGAACACUGGCCAGUGUGGCUGUCGUCAGCGGAGCCUCCAACAUCUUCUCUGGCAGUGUGUUUGGCAUCAGUGGGCAUUUUCCCAUGAGGAUCUCUCAGGCCCUAAUAUCAGGCCAGGCUAUGGGAGGCACACUGAGUGCAGUAGCAUCAGUCAUGGACCUGGCACUCACAAAGGAUGUGACAGACAGCGCUCUGGCCUAUUUCCUGACAGCCGACGUCUUUAUUCUGCUCUGCAUCAUCACGUAUCUGCUGCUGCCAAAGCUGGCAUAUUCAAGACACUACAUGCUGGCCGCUACAUGCACCAAUGCAGGAGUGAUGAUCGAAGGUGAAGGCGCUGCAGGCACAGCGAGCAGACACUCCGUCCCACCGCUGCUUCCCAUCCUUAGGAAGACGUGGGUGCUCGGCCUAAGUGUCUUCUACGUCUUCUGUGUCUCCAUAAUGGUGUUCCCUGCAGUAUCCUCGGGGAUCCAGUCUGUCAACAUGGACAGCGGCAGCCCCUGGACAACCACAUACUUUGUGCCCCUCACCAGUUUCCUCCUGUACAACGUAGCAGACUUCUGCGGCAGGCAGGCCACAGCCUGGCUGCAGGUCCCAGGCCCCACCAGCCGAAGCCUGCCUGUACUGGUGCUGUGUCGCUCCGUCAUGGUCCCGCUUCUCAUGUUCUGUAACUACCAGCCCAGGGACCACCUCCACACGGUGCUAUUCGCACACGAUGCUUAUCCUGUGGUAUUUAACUGCAUGCUAGGCCUCUCUAAUGGCUACUUAGGCACUCUACCAAUGAUCUAUGGCCCAAAGGUGGUACCUCGAGAGCUGGCAGAGGCCACAGGAGUGGUCAUGUCCUUCUUCCUCACUUUCGGACUGGCUGUUGGAUCUGCCUUCUCUGUCAUUAUCGUACAACGCAUUUGAUCAGGAAGUGAGGCAAUUACCCAUUCAUGUACAGUGGUAUUGUGGAGCUGGACAGGAGUCAGUUUGCCCACUACUGAUGAAUACUUGAACCUCAAAGCAAAGUGCUCCAGUAAAGCUGGUUGUUAUGGGGGAAGAGUACUGAUAAGCUUCACAUUGUCAUUGUUGACCAAAAAGCCUUAACUCCUUCAUACCUCAAAUUAAAAUGUGUUGUUUACACUGUGGCUCAUGAUACAAGCCUUAGGAUGGAGCCCACCACGACGUGGUCUCUACAUUUUAAACAAUAUUUCAGGACGUGCACAUUUUGGAUAUAGAAUUGGCUAUGCAGAGGGUGUUUAAUGUUAUUUUAAUUCAACAUAAAUUAAUAAAUUUAAAAAAGCAAAGAAAACAUCUUACUGAGGGACACAGGUUGAUUUGUCUGCCGCCUGUAAACCUUGUAACAACCUGAUCUCACAAUGUAUAAACUGAGCAUUUCCAAUAACUUUUCGGAUUUCAGUCAUUUUCAAACGGUCACUUGAGCUGCAACUUGUAAAGGUGUGUUGUGACAUGACAUGUUUGUCAUAUAGUAUUGCAUAUCGAAAGUUAAGUAGUUAGGCAUAGUAUUGACCCUAGAUUAUUCUCUCAAUGACCUGGACAUGACUGGCUACUGAGGUUGCGCAACAGUUUCCUUGAUUGCAUAAAUGGCCAGCAUGUAAUAAAUGAGGAGUCAGCUUUUUUUAUGAGAAGCUUGGUAAGAAUACAGUUUACAGCAAAGAGGAAAAAAAUUAAACAGAAGACUGGGAUCACUUUAAUUGUUAAAAAUGUACAGAUCAACUGACAGUUGGCUUAAGGUUUGAAGCAGACAAUCAAAUUUGAGACGCUUUUUGCAGGUUAGAAACAGUCAUUUUACAAACAGUAGGAAGAGUGCAAACAAUGAUAGACUAGUCACCCUCAUAUCAGCUCCUUAAAACAAACAAAACUUUCUGUCUACAAGAUACAAAUUUGUUUCAAGGAUCAGACUACUAAAAGUAAUGCCAGUCAUUUAACACACUGAGCUGUUCAGAGAGAAGGAAUCGUAGAGACAGCUGAUGGGACUGAAGACCCAGGGGAACGCAUAAUCAGCAUUGUACAUGUGAACCACCACACCCAGAACGCAAAUAUGGGGAAAUACAACCCCAAUCUAGUCAGUGAGACAGUGACAGGCUUGAGCUGCAGGACAUUAGACGUAAUCACCCCCCCCAACAAAAUAAAGUCCAGUCCCUUUCCACCAUGACAUCAUUCAAAAUAUCAAAGUUAUGUUUCAACAUAAAUUGCAGUCAUUUAAGUCUAUUAAAAAAAAGGAAACAGGACAAAAAUAAAAUAAAACCAUAAA